AUUACUAUUAUUUAUAUUGACAACUGAAGAUUUUUUUUUUUUCUUUUGAAUUUUUCAUCUCCUUUAUUUGGGGUUUUUGUGACUUGCUGUCUCAUUUGUGGGCAUGAGAAGGGGGGCUCAGAUAACAAAAAACACUUUUAAUCCUCUCUCUGACCCAACUCUGUCACCCAGAGCAGGAGCACCAACACAACAACAGCAGCCCACCUAGGCCAAGGUAGAAAAAUUUCCCCUUAUUUACCAUUCCUUCCACUUCUUCACCCUCGUCUUCCAACAUCAAAUCUCUUCAGACCAAAGGGGCAAAGCCCCCCUUCAGUGUUUUCCCCAAAACCUUUUGUGAUUUUUGUGCCUGCAUAGAGAAACCCACCAUCGUAGAGCAUUUAUUCUUGUCCGCUUAAGUGUAUGCAGAGAUAAAGAUAGAUGAGAUAGUAAAAAAAAAAAAAAAAAAGACAAAAAUUGCAUAGAAUAAUAAUGAUAAUAAUUUCUGGGUUUGUUUGUAUUUUCAGUCUGGGUUUUGGAUUUGGUGUUGUUAUUGGGUGAUGGAAUCUGGAGAGUUGAAUGUCAGGGUUUUUUGGGAUCAGCAGCAGCAACAACCGCAGGAGUAUCAGGUCUCAGAGUGGUGGGAGUUGCAGAUUAAGAUCAACAAGCAAUAACAGGAGAAGUGUAGGAAGCAAAGCAAACGGUGAAUAGAAUACUAAAGAGAAAAGCACUGUAACAAAUCAAAAAAGGUUUGGAAUAGGAAAAGCAGAAGAGUAGGAAUCUGGAUUUCCCAAGGAAUCAGCAGCACCCAAGGCCUUUCCAUCAAAGUAUAAACCAAACAGCACCUCUAGAGGCACAAGGACAAGUUCAAGCCACAUACAACGCCAAUCAACAUUUUCAACUACUUCAGCCCCAACAACAGCAUGGUGAAGCCAUAGACACUCACCAAACACCCCUGCCCAGCAGCAGACAACCUUUGGAGCAAAGCAUUGAAUAUGCUAAGCAUAGAAACAUCAUUGGAAUGAAGAGUGCUGGAGGGGGAGAGAUAGUGCAAGUCCAAGGAGGCCACAUUGUGCGGUCCACAGGGCGGAAAGACCGGCAUAGCAAGGUCUACACUGCAAAAGGUCCUAGGGACCGCAGGGUUCGUUUAUCAGCCCACACAGCCAUUCAAUUCUAUGAUGUGCAGGAUCGGCUGGGCUAUGACAGGCCCAGCAAAGCCGUAGAUUGGCUAAUCAAGAAGGCAAAAUCUUCCAUAGACAAGCUUGCUGAGCUACCACCAUGGCACCCCAUUGCCCUGGACCCCAAUGCCAGUGCUGGGACUAGCGACAUAGGCAUGGCUCAGCAGUCCCAGGAGUCCAAUUAUGUGUUCCCUCCAUUGGGUGGUGGGGGUGGGGUUGGUGGUGAAAACCCAAGCAAUGAUUCUGCCUUCAUUGCACCACCUCUGGACUCUGAUUCCAUUGCUGACACUAUGAAAUCUUUCUUUCCCACUAGUUCAGGGACUUCCUCAAUCAAUUAUCAGAACUACCCGCCUGAUAGCAACCAUCAUAAUGAAGAUCUUUGUCUAUCUCUUCAUUCUUUCCAAGACCCAGAUGCGGAGUCCAACCACAAGAACCUUUUUGCCAGUGCAGCACAAGUUGGGUAUGAGACUAAUUUCCAGAGAAUGGUGAGUUGGGGAGGAGGUGGUGGAGAUUCAGAGAGUCGCGGUGGAUUUGGGUUUAUGUUUAACUCACCUCCAAUGCCAAUGCCACAGCCACAGCCACCAACAUUGCUGAGCCAAGGCUCAGAAUUUUCACAGAGGGGACCCCUUCAGUCCAGUUUUGCUCCUGCUGUUCGUGCUUGGAAUGAGCUUCCUAUUGCUUCUGGGGCAAUGCAUCAAUCUUCACUCUCUGAUGGCAGGUUUGUGCCAAAUGGAGUCCCAGGUUUUCGAAUUCCAGCACGAAUUCAGGGUGAGGAGGAGCAUAGCGUGGUCUCAGAUAGGCCAUCCUCUUCCUCCCCCAACUCUCAUCACUGAAUACACUUUUUCAUCCAACAGGAUUUUCUCUAGGCUUUCAUGGUGACCAAUGACCAAAUUCAAUGCGACCAAGAAGAUGAGCUUCAGUCAAUUCAUUGGUCUACCAAGGAAGAAGAUAUCUAGUUGAAUUCAAAAAGAAAAAUUUUGUAUUUAAUUAGAUUUCCUUGCUAGUUUCUUUUGAUGUUUUGCUCUACUUGUUUGCAUUGCUGCCUAAUAUCAGCGUUAAGACUUUGAAACAUGAUGCUCUGGCAAUUGCUCUGUUUUUAUAGUGUAGAAAACUGUCCUUGUUGCAUAUGCACUUUUUAGCAUAAAUCUAGUGGAAAAAUGACAGAUGUGUUGAUCAA